AUGGAUCCCACCAUGGAGCUGGCAGAAGACCCCAGGUUCUCCCGAUCGUUGGUGGAGAUGCUGAUCACAAACUUCAGCGUGCCGGCAGCCUGCUUCUCCCUGCCGCCCACCUCCCAGCAGCUGCUGCAGCACCUGGACGCAGUCCAACUCACCAUCAUGGGCCUCGCCACCAUCAUGACUCUGCUGUCAGUUGUCAUCUAUGUGGAAGAGGCUUUCUACCUCACCUGCAAGAUCCGCUGCCCCAUCAAGAUGAAGACCCUCCGCUGGAGUAGCUUGGCCCCGACAGUUGUGUGUGUGGUCAGCUGCUUCGGACUGUGGAUCCCGCGCUCCAUGAUGGUGGUGGAGAUGGCUACCACAGCGUAUUUUGCCAUCUGCUUCUACCUCCUGAUGCUGGUCAUGGUGGAGGGCUUUGGGGGGAAGGAGGCAGUGCUCAGCACCCUGAAGGACGUGCCCAUGGUGGUCAGCACCGGGCCCUGCUGCUGCUGCUGCCCCUGUCUGCCCCGAAUGACCAUGAGCAGGAGAAAGCUUCAACUGCUGAUGCUGGGGACUUUCCAGUACGCCUUCUGCAGGGUGGUUGCCGUCUUCCUGGGGCUGGUCCUGGCCACUGAUGGGAACUACAACCCUGCUGAUAUCUCGGCAGAGAGCGUGGCGCUCUGGAUCAACACCGUGGUUGGCGCCUCCACCCUCUUUGGGCUGUGGGCACUGGGCAUCCUCUUCCGGCAGGCCCGGCUGCACCUGACCGAGCAGAACAUCAAGGCCAAGUUCUCCUGCUUCCAGGUCCUCCUCCUCCUGACGGCACUGCAGCCCGCCAUCUUCAGUAUCCUGGCCAACAACGGCAGCAUUGCCUGCUCACCACCCUUCUCCUCCAAGGCCAGGUCACAGCAGAUGAACAUGCAGCUGUUGAUCCCGCAAACCUUCAUCUUGGCGGUGGUGACACGGAUAUACUACCGCAAGCAGGAUGACAAGCCGGGCUACCAGCCCGUCAGCUUCACACCUGCAGACACUGAUGUCAAGGCGUGA